AUGAAAGCGCUUACUAGCGAGCUGAAAUUGCAACUCGACCAGUGGCGAGAGAUUUUACCGUUGGAUUGUUUGGGAGACAUUCCACCCGUGACGGCAUUUACAGGGCUGCCUGGGUCAUCGCAGUUGACGACUAUCCUCUCUGAGCCUUUCGCAGAGGGCUUUACACUGUCGUGGAUUGAGGAACAGCAGAAGCAGUAUCUGACGGACGUUCGCGCAGCGCUGGAUACGAUCCACCAACAGGCUAUAACGAUAAGCGAGCGCCGAAAUGUUCAAGCGCGAGGGUGUCGGACGGCUAAACCAGGGGUGCGCAUGGCCACGUUUCCAAUUGGGGAUUUCGUCCUUGCAGCUACGGCGAUCAAAGGUGGAAGCAAGCUUUCUCUGUAUUGGCGGGGUCCAAAACGUGUGGUGCGCCCACUCAACGAUUAUACGUUUGAGGUACAGGACAUCUGCGCUCCGUAUACAGUCACUGUUCGACAUGCUUCGCGGCUCAAGUUUUACCGUGAGGCUGGCCGAGGCUUCACCGAGGAUCUGGUUGCGCACGCUCUUCAUGGCGAAGGGGGCCACCUCGAGAUUUUUGUGCAGUGGAUUGGACUCGAUGCCGGAGAAGCAUCAUGGGAACCCGCAUCUGUCAUCUUUGAAGAUGUUCCGCAGCUUGUUCGUAAGUUUGUGGCCGAGUCCCGACCGGAUCAUCUGACGCGUCGCAUGUGGACGAAGUUAUCACCGGAUGACCCCAUUGAAGACAUCGAGCGACGCCAGCCUGAUCGCGGUCGUCGAAAAAGGAGGAUUUGA